GGAAGCGGAAGUGCACUAGCGGUCACCGUUAAUUUUCAAGAUGGCGGCUCUCAAUGUGCUGGUGUAUCCUUGUGGACGGCUGCUCCGAGGGCUCCUGGCUGCUCCAGUCGCGACCUGCUGGGCUCGGCCUCCAGCUCGCGGGUUCAGGGAAGUGGUGGAGAUCCAAGAAGGGAAGACAACUAUAAUUGAAGGCCGGAUGACAGGGACUCCCAAGGAAAGUCCAAACCCCCCUAACCCCACUGGCCAGUGCCCCAUCUGCCGGUGGAACCUGAAACACAAGUAUGGCUAUGAGGAUGUUCUGCUGCUCAGUCAGUUCAUCCGGCCUUGCGGGGGCAUGCUGCCUCGAAGGAUCACAGGCUUGUGCCAGGAAGAGCACCGCAAGAUUGAGGAGUGUGUGAAGAUGGCACACCGGGCAGGUCUGUUCCCAAAUCACAGGCCUCGGCUUCCUGAAGGAUUUGUUCCGAAGAGCAAACCCCAGCUCAAUCGGUACCUGACCCGCUGGUCUCCCCGCUCCGUCAAGCCCAUCUAUAAUAAAGGCCGCUGCUGGAACAAAGUGCGCAUGGCUGUGGGGUCACCCCUCCUGAAAGACAACAUCUCCUACUCAAGAAAGCCUUUGGUACUGUAUCACUGACGGGCAGAGCUUCCUGAGAACGUGACCAGAGCUCCUGUACUCUGGCCCAGCUCCUCCAAUGGGCACGGCAGGCACAGGAGGCAAUGGACCAACUUCAGUGCCCUCACCCUGCCUGGUGACGGCACUGGGAGGGUGGUGGGGUCCCUGAGCAGCAGUUGUGGUCCUAUAACUGGCAGUUCUCCCAAAAAAGCAUAUCAUAAACCAGGCUCAUGGACUCCA